AUGGCGACACCCCUGCAUACUUCCGCCGCAGAGCAUGACAGCAUGUCUUUGCAGCAAUCGCCCGCGCAGAGAUUGGACUCUGCCCGCACACGCAGGUUGCAGUUGCGAAGUGCUGGCUUCCGGGGACCUCCUACUGUGAGACAAGUGACCCCAAAGUCCCUGCCAUCCACCUCCACCACCACCUCCAAUGCCUCCUCUACGUGGUUGGGACAGCAAUCGCCAUCAUCGGAUGCCGAAAACAUAUCGCCAUCGGGAGACAGAGCACGCGACAACAGCUUCACAGCACCCACUCACGAGCAGAACCCAGUAUUGCGCGAGAUUGAUCAUGCAGCGGGCGCUCUUGGCACCUUACGAGCAAGACGCGUGAGGCCACGCGCGGCUUCUGGCAAGUUCUUGACUGCAGAGGGCAAGCUCGACUCAUCUGGAGAAUGUCUGGAAUCCCCUCCUGCGCCAACAAAACAGCACUCCAGACCGAAUACUGCACGAGCACGAGUGUCGAAGAUGUCGAGCAGGCCACGGCGUUCCAUUAGUGCAGAAACCCGGAAAUAUGUCGAUCAUCUAGAGGAAGAGCUCAGCGCUGCACAAGCACAGUUGCAAGCGGUCAACUCGCCAAGUGUGACUCGCGAGCAGUCUUCGAAUAUGCGCCAUAUGAAGGCGGAAGUGUCGCGCCUCCAAGAUGAGAUUGAGGACUGGGAGACCCAGUUCGCCAGCCGUGUGCGAGAUGAGGUCGAUAAGUGUUAUGUGGUUGAACAGGCCUUGCGAGCGCAGCUACGCGCCCUCGAAGAAGCGGUGGAAGAGUCUCAGUAUCGCAUCCAAGAAUUAGAAAGUCAACUCAGCACCACCACCGAAGCCCUCGAUGCUACCGAGACUGCGAACGUCAACAUGGAGAAGAGGAUCGAGUUCUUCUCCGAUCUGCUCGCGGCAUCGCCCACGAAGCUCGACUUACAUGCACACCCUGCAGGACGCCCACGACACACGAGGCCGCAGUCUCUUUUGCCUCGUGUACCCACUGCAAACUCCUUGGCCAGAUCUCCGGAGCGUCAUGCAAUGACCAUGCCGACAUCUCCAGUUCAGUUCAGGUUUGGCACGAGCCAGCCCAUUUCACCCUUGAAUGUGUCAUUCUCGCCGGAUCUCACGUCUUCGGAGGAAGAGAUGACCCAGUCCGAGACGUGUGGUUUCUCUGUAAAUGGAAUGCAUCAGUCCAAUGCAAAGAAACCUGUGCGAAGGAUGCGGCGUUUUGGCGCUGGUAGCAUAGGGCCAAAAUCACUGAUACUCCCGUCAACAACGCACUGCGAGCCAGCUUCAGCUCCUCCUUUCGGGCGAGGCGAAUUCGGCUUUGAGGCGUCUUUUCCCAUGUCUCCAGACCAAGCUAUGGUGGCCCAGGGCAGUCCGCCAGCACACCGUCGCCGAGCUUCCAGCAAGAUCAGCGCCGACGGUUCGCCUGUACCACUCCGUGGCUCUUCGUUUCCAGACUUUCAAGCACUGGCUGACGCGGACGAGAUGAGGAACGAAGACAAUGUACCGAGUGCCCGUCAGCAUGGUGCGAACUUCUCCAGCGAGUACGACGCGCUAUUGGAUUGCAACCUCGAUGAGCAGAUAUCACCAGCGCGGUCGCAAGUGAUGACCAGAAACUUCGACUCCCUUGGCUCGUCGAUUGCAGGGCCUAUUGGCCGAAACUUGAUGGAUGAGUUGGAGGCAGCCCAAUCAUGUUCGGGUGUGAGUGUCCGACCAUCGCAUGUUUUCGAAUAUUCUGAAGACGCUGCCACAGUCAUACAUCCUAGCUCGAGUCCUUCUGCGCUAGAGGCUGGCGACAAUCAUCUCAGCGGCUCGGGGUCCCCACCGAAAGCGGCAACAGAAGUGCGCUUCCCCUCAAACUCAUCUACAGCAAUCACCACGAUGCCCCGACACAUGUUUCCUCCAAAGUUGCAGCCCAGUGCCAGCAGUAAGACUCUUGGUGUACAGUCAACCACAUCGAUGUCCACACUCGAUUCCCUCCGCGACUUCUUUGGUGACAUCGCUGCUUCGCCUUUGAAUAUGGCUAAGUACUUAAUUGAGAGAGCACAGGCACGAUUGCACAUUCCGAGACCACUGCUGUCCAUACAAUGGUGGCUCGUGGGGAUAUUACUGGGUCCAAUGGCAAAGCGUCGAUAUUAUGCCAGAUUGUCUUGCUGCAAGGACGACGACGACGCCGAGCAGCAUCUUCUCGAAAAUACACCUCUCAGGCUCCGAAGCACUGACGAAGGAUUGGAGUAUGGCCAGCUAUAUCAGACACCUCCCCCUUCGUCGUCGACCGGGGCCAACGCGCUUCGCAGCCGCGGUCUGGUCGCUGGCAAGGGCAAGAAGCGAGCAUCAUCUAAGGGACUAGCUAAGCACUGCCCGCACAAUCAGCGCCGCUGGAAGCACUCGCCUCUACUAUGGCUGAAGUUUAGCAUGACUUUGGCUAUUGCAGUGGGCAUCGCCUUCAAGGAUGGACCUAGUACUUUGCUCAAGGAGGCACUGUGCAACUGCAAACCCACAAGUGCCAAUUGGAGGCAGACGAGAAGAGACGCGAUAGUGUCGCCGAAUGACGACGACUGA